AUGUCUACUCAAACCCCUCACAAUACUCUCCUGAUCCCAGGACCCAUCGAAUUCGACGAUGCCGUCCUUCAGUCUAUGUCCCACUUUGCCGAGAGCCACGUCGCUCCCGGCUUCGUCAAGGUCUUCGGCGAGACCCUGACUCUCGUCCGCAAGCUCUUCCAAUCCACCAACCCCACCGCGCAGCCCUUCAUCAUCUCUGGGAGCGGUACACUGGGCUGGGAUCUUGUCUCCGCCAACCUGAUCGAACGCGGCGAGAACGCCCUAGUUCUCAACACCGGCUACUUCGGUGACUCUUUCGGCCAAUGUCUCGAGACGUACGGCGCCAACGUCACACACCUCAAGGCUCCCAUCGGCGAUCGCACUCCGCUCGAGGAAGUGGAGGCAGCCCUAAAGGAGAAGUCAUACAAACUGAUCACCCUCACACACGUCGACACAUCGACCGGCGUGCUCUCUGACGUCAAGGGUGUGGCACAAUUGGUGCGCCGCGUCAGCCCAGACACUCUCGUGGUCGUGGACGGCGUGUGUAGUGUCGGCUCGGAGGAGAUCGCCUUUGAUGAGUGGGACCUCGAUGCGGUCCUCACAGCUUCUCAGAAGGCUAUUGGCUGCCCGCCCGGUCUCAGCAUCGUGAUGACAUCCGGUCGCGCCAUCCACGCCGCUCAGUCGCGCAAGACCCCUCCCGGCGCUUACUACGCCUCUAUCGCCAACUGGCUUCCCAUCAUGCAGAACUACGAGAACAACAAGCCCUCUUACUUCGCUACCCCUCCCACCCAGCUUGUCCAUGCUCUGCACACCACCCUCACCCAGAUUACCACCGAUGUCCCCGGCCGCUUCGCUAUCCACACUGAAGUCUCAGAGAAGGUUAAGGCUGCCGCUGCCGAACUUGGUCUCAAGCAGCUCGCUUCUCGCCCUGAAUGUCAAGCUCACGGUAUGACAGCCAUGUACUUGCCUGAGGGUCUGGUCCCGGCCGAUAUCCUGCCUGGUCUGCUUAAGCGUGGUGUCAUCUUUGCAGCUGGUCUGCACAAGGAGAUUGCUACUAGGUACAUCCGUUUCGGCCACAUGGGUAUCAGUGUUACUGAUCCCAAGCGUGGCGAUGUUGACAAAGCCCUGGCGGCGCUCAAGGAGGCUCUGGCUGAAGCCAAGCAGGCCAAGGGUCUGUAA